AUGGCUGUUGCUAUAGUCUUUAUUUCUCGUGAAUUUGGUUGGCCUUUUGCUAAACAAGGACUAGUACUAUCCUCAUUUUUUGUUGGUUACAUAGUGACGCAAGUUUUGGGAGGAACACUUGCUGACAAAUUUGGAAGCAAACAAGUACUUGGCGGAGCUGCUGCAUGUUGGACAAUUUUUACUCUUUUAACUCCGGUUGCCGCAAAAUCUGGCUUUAUUUAUCUCAUAUUGUGUCGAAUUUGCCUUGGUAUCGGUGAAGGAAUAUGCCUCCCAAGUAUCCACUCCUUAAUUGCAUCAUGGGUCCGAGUUGAUGAACGCUCAACAGCAAUUGCAGUUGUCACGGUUUCGUGUUCCAUAGGAAUUGUACUUGCUAUGCCCUUAUCUACAUUUAUAGAAUCUAUUGGUGGAUGGGAAAGCAUCUUUUGGGCGUUUGGAGCAACAGGUAUUAUUUGGUCUUUAACGUGGCAGAUCUUUGGUGGAAACAACCCAUUAGAGUAUUCUGGGAUAAAAGAAGAGGAAAUUAAUUGGAUUUUAGAGGAUAAUAUGAAAUAUGACUUUGCUGAUAUUGAUUAUCAUAUGAUACAGUCUGAAGACGACGACAAUGAAGUAAAUGAUAUAAAUGAUGUCGGAUUAAUUGAGGAGGACUGUGCUGCAUCCUCCUCUUUUUUACGGGAAACUUGCGCAACAUAUCCUAUUCAAAGAAAUUUAAAAUCGACUAAGCCUAUACCAUGGCGACAAAUUCUCUCUCAACGAGAAGCGGUAUAUUUAGCAAGCACUCCAUUGCAAGGAAUUAUCUUAAUAACAAUUGGAUUAGGAUUAAAUUCUUUCACCAUUGCUGGAGUAUCUGUUUCUCAGUUGGAUAUUGCACCUCGCUAUGCGGGCAUCAUAUUUGGGUUAGGAAAUACACUGGGCGUUAUUCCAGCUAUAUUUGGCGUAGCAUUGACAGGAUGGAUUUUAGAUAUUUCGGGAAACCAAUGGAACAUUGUUUGGACGUUUGCAGCUAUCAUGUAUUUUAUCGGGUCCUCAGUGUUCGUUAUUUGGGUUGGUGAUGAAAUAGUUAUUGAUUGA